UAGCAUAUGGCUCCAUAACCCAACCUCUGGGUGUAUUUUUUGUUUCUAAUAAUCCUUCUUUGGUCAUUUCUCUCAACUCUCAUCCCCUCUCACAGGAGGGCUUGGAAGAUGGAAAAGAAACCUAGAGGACCCCAAACCAACAAAAGAAAAAUCAUUUCCUCUGCAUCAUCAGUAUUGUUAUCGCCAAUGGCGAUCCUCAUGGUUCUUUUCCUCAUCUUGGCCCCAGUAGUCUCAGCUGCCCCAGCCUCUUCUACGAUGGUUUCAUUCACCCCACAGGACAACAUCUUAAUUGACUGCGGCGCUAACGCCCAAACCACACAUUCCGAUGGUCGAGUCUUCAGCUCCGACCAAAGCUCCGGCAAGUACUUCUCGUCGGAAGGCCGAGACAUACUAGUAUCCGUCCCAUCUGCACCGAAUGUGCCUUCGCCCAUUUAUCUCUCAGCCAGGAUCUUCAUCCAGGAAGCUACCUAUACUUUCCACAUCAACCGCCCUGGCUGGCACUGGUUGCGCCUCCACUUCUUUGCCGUCAACAAUCCCGAAUUCAAUCUCCGCGACGCCAAGUUCUCGGUCACCACCGACACCCUAGUUCUCCUCUACGAAUUCAAUGUCGAAAACAACAACACUGGUUGGUUCUUCAAGGAAUACCUCGUUAAUGUCACCACCGAGAGGUUGAGUUUGAAAUUCAAGCCGGUGAAGUCUGCUCCAGCGUUUAUAAAUGCCAUUGAGGUGGUGUCUGCCCCGGACCUCCUUGUCUCGGACACUGCCUCCACUCUCUUUCCCGUAGCUCAAUACAACGGUCUUUCAAUCCAAUCUUUUGAAACCAUUUACAGGCUCAAUGUGGGUGGUCCAGAACUGAACUCGAAAAAUGACACACUUGGCAGGACUUGGACGUCCGACGAGAAAUUCCAAAAACACAAAGAGAUGUCCAACAAAGUUUCAGUUUCCCCAAGCAUUGUAAAGUACCCGGAAGGAGGGUCUCCACUAAUUGCGCCGCAAUCAGUGUACGCGUCGGCGGUGGAGAUGGGAAAUGCAAAUCUGGCAGACCCGAAUUUCAACGUAACGUGGAACCUGGAGGUGGAUUUGUCAUACCAGUACUUGAUCCGUAUGCAUUUCUGCGAUAUAGUGAGCAAAUCGCUCGAUGAUCUCUAUUUUAAUGUGUAUGUCGGUGGGAAGAAGGCCAUUUCCGGGUUGGAUUUGUCAACGGUAACGGGUGGUUUGGCGACAGCUUACUACAAAGAUAUUAUUGUAAAUUCGUCAAUGGUGUCGACUCCGCUCAGUGUUCAGAUUGGUCCGUUUGAUCAAGGCACAGGCGCAAAAAACGCUAUUAUUAAUGGAAUUGAAGUGCUGAAAAUGAACAAUAGUGUUAAUAGUUUGGGUGGUGAGUAUGGUGUCGAUGGCAGGACAGCUAGCGGUGUCAACAAAGGCACGGUAGCGGCAGUUGGGUUUGCCAUGAUGUUCGGGGCCUUUGUGGGUUUGGGUGCAAUGGCUGUCAAGUGGCAAAAAAGGCCACAAGAUUGGCAAAAGAGUAAAAGCUUCUCUUCAUGGUUGCUUCCACUCCAUGCAGGUGACACAACCUAUAUGUCGAGCAAGAACUCGAUAGGCUCUCGCCGAAGCCAAUUCUACUCUUCAACAACGGGGCUAGGCCGAUACUUUUCUUUUGCAGAGCUGAGCGAGGCCACAAAGAAUUGGGAUCCGAAUGCAGUGAUCGGUGUUGGUGGCUUUGGCAACGUGUAUAUUGGAGAGAUUGAUGAAGGAACUAAAGUGGCAGUCAAAAGAGGCAACCCACAGUCCGAACAAGGCAUAAAUGAGUUCCAAACAGAGAUUCAGAUGCUAUCGAAGCUCAGGCAUCGCCAUUUGGUGUCGUUGAUUGGUUAUUGUGAUGAGAACACAGAAAUGAUCUUGGUUUACGAGUUCAUGUCGAAUGGACCUCUUAGGGACCAUCUAUAUGGAAAGAACUUGCCUUCCCUGCCAUGGAAACAAAGGCUGGAGAUUUGCAUUGGGUCUGCACGAGGACUUCAUUAUCUUCACACUGGAGCGGCACAAGGCAUCAUCCACCGGGAUGUCAAGACCACUAACAUCUUGCUCGACGACAACUUCAUUGCUAAGAUGGCUGACUUUGGGCUAUCAAAAGACGCCGGCGCAGGAAACACUCAUGUGAGUACCGCGGUGAAAGGAAGCUUCGGGUACCUUGACCCUGAGUAUUUCAGGAAGCAACAGUUGACAGACAAGUCUGAUGUGUACUCAUUUGGCGUGGUACUAUUCGAGGCCUUGUGUGCACGACCCGCCAUCAACCCAGCCCUACCAAGAGAACAAGUGAACCUGGCAGAGUGGGCGAUGCAGUGGAAGCGAAAGGGAUUGUUGGAGAAGAUCAUGGACCCCCAACUUGCUGGCGAUAUCAACCCUGAGUCGAUGCAAAAGUUUGCCGAGGCUGCAGAGAAGUGUUUGGCUGAGUAUGGUGUUGAUAGGCCUACUAUGGGUGAUGUCCUGUGGAAUUUGGAGUAUGCUUUGCAGCUGCAAGAGGCUUCAUUACAAGGUAAGGCUGAGGAUGAGAACAAAACUUUGACUGCCGCCGCUGCCGUUGCCUCCACUCCCUCUCCUGCUGCCUCUGUUGCCCCUUCUACCACCGAUAACCACCCCAUUUCUUCGCCUGAGCAGGCUAGGAAUCCGGCAGAAGUUCAAGUCAUCGACGAGCACUCGGGAACAGCAAUGUUUGCCCAUUUUGCCACCAUCAAUGGCAGAUAAAAUCCGAGUAAGAUACAAGCCUAGAAAACUUGCCAAGAAUUUUAACCAGAAUUAACAAGUGCGGUGGAAAUUCAAUUGGUUGCAUUGUGGAGCCUCUACAAAUAAUGAAUUUGAAUCACACAUGGAUAUUUUCUGGGUAAAAUUUUGGAUAAAAAUUCUGGGUAUGUUGUAGUACUACUGAUAAAAUCCUAAAAUUCUCAACUUGGUUGUUGCUUCACAUGUCCCGCAUACAUUCAACGGUGGUUAUGUGGUAUUGUUGUAUUGUAUUUACACUGUAAUACAUGUACUUGUAUGGAUGGAUGCAAUACACAUUAAUCCUAUAAUAUAUUUAUAUGCCAA